AUGCCACCAAAACAAGCCCAAUCAAAAAAAACAGUUGAAAAAGAAAAAAAGAAAAAGGUUGAAGAUAAAACCUUUGGUUUAAAAAAUAAAAAUAAGAGUAAAAAAGUUGCAGCUUAUGUAUCUCAAGUUGAAGCCCAAGUUAAGCACUCUGGUCUUCAAAAUAAGGAAGCAGCAUUGAAAGAAAAAGCUAAAAGAGAUAAAGAAUUAGCAGAGAAAGCAAAGAAAGAAGCAGAAUCAAUUUUAGUAAAUACAAUUGUACAAAGUAAAGUACCAUUAGGUGUUGAUCCAAAGAGUAUUGUGUGUGAAUAUUUUAAACAAGGUGUAACAUGUCCAAAAGGUAAUAGAUGUAAGUUUGCACAUGAUUUAGCAGCAGGUAGAAAAUCUGAAAAGAUUGAUAUUUACACUGAUCGUCGUAAAGAUGAGGAUACAAUGGAGAAUUGGGAUGAAGCAAAAUUGAAAUCAGUUGUUGAAAAGAAGAGAACAACUGAAAACAAAGCCAAACCAACAGCAAUCAUUUGUAAAUUCUUUUUAGACGCAAUCGAGAGUAAAAAGUAUGGUUGGUUCUGGGAGUGUCCAAAUGGUGGUGAGAAAUGUGCAUAUCAACAUUGUUUGCCAGAAGGGUACCAAUUAAAAAAGAAGAAGUCAAGAGAGGAGGAUGAAGUUGAAGAAAUACCAAUCGAAGAAUUGAUUGAAGAGGAGAGAGCAAAAUUAACAAAAUCAACUCCUGUCACUUUAGAAACUUUCUUAAGAUGGAAAGAAGAGAAAAGAUUACAAAAAGAAAAAGCAGCCAAAGACGCCCAAGACAAACGUCUUGCUGAUAUUAAAGCUGGUAAGACCUCUAUGAGUGGUAGAGAAAUGUUUGUUUUCAAUCCUGAUCUCUUUGUAGAUGAUGAAUCUGCUAUCGAUACUAAAUCUAAAGAAUAUGAGAAAUCUGAAGAAGAAAUCGCUGCUUUAGCAAAUCAAAUUAAUACAAGUUUAUUCACUGAUGGUGGUGUUUUACCUUCAGAUGAUGAUGAUGAUGAUGAUGAUGAUGAUGAUGAUGAUGAAGAUGGUGAUGAUGAAGAGGAGGAUGAUGAUGAAGAAGAAGGAGAAUAUGAAGAAGAAGAAGCAAGUGAUGAAUAA